GAGCUGAAGAUGGAAAUUGAUGACCUGGCUAGCAACAUGGAAACGGUUUCUAAAUUAAAGGGUAAUCUUGAGAAGAAUUGUCGAACUCUUGAGGACCAACUUAAUGAAAUAAAAGCAAAACAUGAAGAACAAACGCGUCUUGUGAAUGACAUAUCAACACAACGAGCUCGAUUACAGACAGAAAGUGGGGAAUUAAGUCGUCAGGUUGAAGAAAAGGAUGCCCUCAUUUCACAAUUUACUCGAGGGAAACAAGCAUUCACUCAACAAAUUGAGGAGCUAAAGAGGCAGUUGGAAGAAGAAACUAAGGCUAAGAGUGCCUUGGCACAUGCUCUGCAAUCCGCCCACCAUGACUGUGAUUUGCUCCGUGAACAAUAUGAAGAGGAACAGGAGGCAAAGGCCGAGCUCCAGCGCGGCAUGUCCAAGGCCAACAGUGAAGUUGCUCAGUGGAGGACAAAAUACGAAACUGAUGCAAUCCAGCGCACAGAGGAACUGGAAGAGGCCAAGAAAAAACUUGCACAGCGACUCCAAGACGCUGAGGACAAUGUCGAAGCAGUGAAUUCUAAGUGUGCCUCACUGGAAAAGACAAAACUGCGCUUGCAAGGAGAAGUGGAAGAUCUAAUGAUUGAUGUGGAGAGAGCUAAUGCUGCUGCAGCCGCUCUUGAUAAGAAGCAGAGAAACUUUGACAAGAUUCUGGCAGAAUGGAAGCAGAAAUAUGAGGAGACCCAAAGUGAUCUGGAGGCAACACAGAAGGAAUCUCGUUCUCUAAGUACAGAAUUGUUCAAGAUGAAGAAUGUUUAUGAGGAAGCUUUAGAUAACCUGGAAACUCUUAAACGAGAGAAUAAGAAUCUGCAGCAGGAGAUCUCAGAUCUGACUGAACAGAUUGGUGAGAAUGGAAAGACUAUCCAUGAGCUGGAAAAAGCUAAAAAGUUGGCUGAGCAGGAAAAAGCUGAUCUUCAUGCAGCAUUAGAAGAGGCUGAGGCAUCUCUGGAGCAUGAAGAAAGUAAAAUCCUGCGUAUUCAGCUGGAAUUGACCCAGGUGAAAUCAGAAGUGGACAGGCGGAUUGCGGAAAAAGAUGAAGAGAUUGAGCAAAUCAAAAGGAAUUAUCAGCGGACAGUGGAGACAAUGCAGACUGCUCUGGAUGCUGAAAUUAGGAGCAGAAAUGAUGCCCUGAGGAUCAAGAAAAAAAUGGAGGGAGAUUUGAAUGAAAUGGAAAUUCAGUUGAACCAUGCAAACCGUCAAGCAGCAGAUGCUCUGAAACAUUUCCGAAACUUGCAAGUCCAGUUCAAGGAAUGCCAGUUGCAUCUUGAUGAGGCCCUCCGAAGCCAAGAUGAUCUGAAGGAACAACUGGCUGUGGUUGAACGGAGGUGCAGCUUACAGCUUGCUGAAAUCGAAGAAUUAAGAGCAGCCCUUGAACAAACAGAUAGAUCUCGCAAAAUUGCUGAGCAGGAAUUGGUUGAUGCAAGUGAACGUGUGCAACUCCUGCACACCCAGAAUACCAGCCUCAUAAACACAAAGAAGAAACUUGAAACUGAUAUUAGCCAGCUUCAAAAUGAAGUUGAAGAUGCUAUUCAAGAAUCAAGAAAUGCAGAAGAGAAAGCAAAGAAAGCCAUAACAGAUGCUGCUAUGAUGGCGGAAGAGCUGAAAAAGGAACAAGACACCAGUGCUCAUUUGGAAAGAAUGAAAAAGAAUCUGGAGCAGACUGUGAAGGAUCUGCAACUCCGUCUGGAUGAGGCCGAGCAGCUGGCUAUGAAAGGUGGAAAGAAACAGCUCCAGAAACUGGAGGCCAGGGUACGUGAGCUUGAGAAUGAACUUGAAGCUGAGCAAAAGCGAAGUGCAGAGGCAGUUAAAGGUCUACGUAAAUUUGAAAGGAGGGUCAAAGAACUCCAGUACCAGACUGAGGAAGACAGAAAGAAUAAUCUGAGACUUCAGGACCUGGUUGACAAACUGCAAAUGAAAGUUAAAACCUACAAGAGGCAGUCUGAGGAGGCUGAGGAACAAUCCAAUGUCCACUUAACCAAAUUUAGGAAGGUGCAACAUGAAUUGGAAGAAGCAGAGGAACGUGCUGAUAUUGCAGAAUCCCAGGUCAACAAACUCAGGGCCAAAAGUCGUGAUUUUGCAAGCAAG